AUGGGCACUAAUGCAACAGCCGAUUCAAAAUGUAGAUCAAACCAGAAGUUAGCCCUUGUCAUUGGCAUAGGCGACUACGACAAAGUUCCAAAAUUAAAAAGCCCAUCGAAUGACUCAAUGGAUAUGGAAAAAAAAUUAAAAUCUAUUGGUUUUCACGUAACUAAACGCUGGUUAGAUUUACUACAUAAGGAUAUGGUUAGCAUCGUUAAAACAUUCAUAACUGAAGUACAAGAAGGAGAUACCGUAUUCAUUUAUUUUUCUGGGUAUGGGACUCUAUGGAAAUGUAUGCCAAAUCCUCCAAUGACUGUCGACAAUCAAAUCUUGAAUCGAAUUCAAGGAUCAAUGAUUGGAAUGGCUUUGGGUGAUGCUCUUGGGGCUCACGUAGAAUUUCGACCUCGCGCAUUUCUCGUGAGCAAUCCAGUAUCUGAUCUUGAGGCUGGAGGUACGUGGGGCCUUGAAAAAGGACAGUUCACUGAUGAUACUUCUAUGGCACUUUGUCUAGCAGCGUCCUUAGUCUACCAUGGGGAUUUUAUUCCAUACGAUCAGCUCGUUCGGUAUAAGUGGUGGCAUAAGCAUGGCUACAUGUCGUCAACAGGGCAGUGUUUCGAUAUUGGAGCAGCUACUUGUAAAUCUCUUCGUGAAUUUGAAGCUCGUCAGAAAGAAUUUGCAAAGGUUCAAAAAAUUCCGAUGGACGAAGUAGACUAUGUCUCAGGUGCUGACCGUCUGUCCAAAUUCGAUGUAAACUGUAGUGAACCUGACGUUGCUGGCAACGGUGCACUCAUGCGUUUAACACCGGUACCACUUUUUUUCUACAGACGUCCUACUCGUGCUGUCGAAUACUCGGGAAUUAGUGGUGUAAUCACUCAUGGCGAUUCAAAAGCCUCCGAUGCGUGCCGUUAUUACGGUGCACUGAUCGUCGCUGCUCUACAUGGUGCUUCUAAAGAAGAAUUGUUGGAUACAGAUUUUUACGAGAAUCAUAAAUCAUGGUUUGGCAAGUUUCCGCUUGUUCCAGAGAUCAUGCGUAUAGCGAGAGGAUCUUAUCAGAAGAAGGGAGGCUAUGAAGAUGGUAUUCGCGGCAAAGGAUACAUUGUUGAUGCUCUUGAGGCCGCUUUGUGGGCGUUUUGGUCUGAAGAAACCUUUGAAAAUGGUGUUCUUGCUGCUGUUAACUUAGGCGAUGAUACUGAUACAACAGCUGCUAUUUACGGUCAAUUAGCUGGUGCCUAUUAUGGUUAUCGAGAGCUGCCACAACACUGGGUCAAUCAGGUAUAUGCAAAAGAUUUUAUAUUAGGUUUGAGUGAAUGGAUUUCUUAUGAAGGAUCAAUAUGGCAUCCCAAUAAAUUAGAAAAAAACAAUCUCGUAGCUCCGGCUGUGGCGUUAAAAGAGAAUAAUGUCGACAAUUGCCCCGAUCAAUACAAAUCUGAUGCCAAACCAGUUUCUUCACAGGGACGGACAUCACGAGAAAAAAGCCAACAAAAAGGAUCAAUUCAUGGACCUACCCAAAAUAUCAGCAGGCCACCGAAUGCUAAAGCGCAGCGUGCUCAAAUGCCACUAUUAGCUGCACGCAAGGAAGAUAAGAAUGGCAGAAGUCGUUUUCCGAAUGAGUCUCAAAGCCACACCAAAGCAGAAGCAAAUUUUACUUAUUCGUCUGCUCAAAAAGAACAAAGUGCUAAAAGAACUUCCUCACGUCCACCAGUGCUGAAUGGUUCAACGCUGCUACCACGAAUAGAACCAGUAAAAUCUAGUGUUCGCACUGUGAAAACCCCCUUUAGAGUACAGGGUACUGCAGUAAUGUCUAAACAAGGCUCGCAAGUAGCUGAAGUCAACAAGGAGCAUGCAAGUGUUCCCAAGAAAUCUCAAACACCAUCUCGGACGAAUAUGCAAACAGCAGGAAGUUCUACUGCUGUUCAAAGAUCAUCGGCGGGGCGAGGUUUUGGUGCAACAAGUCUUACAUCCAAGCAUGAUACUGGAAAGAUUACUAGUUCAAAACUAAGGCCAUGA